AUAACGUGCAAGGUGGGGCCAAAAAUAUCUUCACGGGCCGGCGUCACACUACUGUGUUCGGUUUCGCCGGUUGAGCUGAGCUGUUGACCGAGCCUUCAUGUCAUGUCCUCACGUUGUUGACCACUUCCUCUUGUCAUUUCUUCGGUUAAACCUCUCAUAAUCUCCUCCAUAAAACCCCUCCGGUUUCUUCGUUUCUCUCUUGAGUCUCGACCAUCUCCUUUCCAUUGCUUUCUUCGCUUUCCGGUUUGUCGUCCUCCCAUGGCAUCUUUGUCUUUUUAAAGUAAUCUCUCUUUUUAAAUUCAAUCAAUGGGCUUAUCCAACGGAGAACACGCCGUCGACAGUGAGAAAGGGAACACGCCGGAGAAUGAAGUUGUGGCCGGGAAUAAAAUCAACGGGAAGCUUGAGCAAAUUUCGAAUGGAUACGUUCACUAUUUGCAUUCCGAUUCUCAAAUUUCAAACGGCGAGAAUCGUGUAGAUGAAGAUAUUCAAGACUCUGAUAAUGGUGUUUUUCAAGCGCCGGAAGACCUUUUGAAACGAGAAGAGGAAGAGUUAUCGGAAAUCGAGAUGGAGAAGAGCGAAGUAGAAGAUAUCGUUGUUAACGAUUCGGAAACGAAACGACUGCUGGAAAUAGAAAAUUUCGCCCCCGAGAUUCGCGAGAAUCAUGACAUAACCGUUGAGAAAGACAUCAGGGGGCAUGAAGGGAUUGAGCAGCCUCUUGUGCAGCUCCCGAAGCCAGAGGCACCACCCGGCGUAUCCAUCUCAACCACACCGCUUCCGUAUAACGAAGACGAUUCGAACAAGUUGAUACGAUCGCAAUCCUUGACGGAGAAUUUCAACGUCGACAUGCCGGCGAUCGGGAAGUUUAUACGAGAGAGAAGCAAUAGCAUAUCCGCGGCGAUCGCGAAGCGUUUGUCGUCUCUUAAAGAUAGCGGUGACUUUGACGAUUCGAAAAUGAACUCGGUGGACUCGGAAGUGACAGAGUUCAACAUCUCCGGACUCAAAGUAAUCGUCAAGCUCAACAAGGAAGACGAAAAGCUGAAAGGUCGCAUAAGCUUCUUCUCAAGAUCCAACUGUAGAGACUGCACCGCAGUUCGCACGUUUUUCAGGGAGAGAGGAUUGAAGUUCGUUGAAAUCAACGUCGACGUUUAUCCUCAGAGAGAGAAAGAGUUGAUUGACAGGAAAGGCAAUUCACAGGUGCCGCAGAUUUUCUUCAACGAGAAGCUGUUUGGAGGUCUUGUGGCGUUGAAUUCCUUGAGGGACAGCGGGGUUUUUGAGCAUAGGUUGAGAGAAAUGUUAGAGAAGAAAUGUCCGGACAGUGCCCCUGCACCGCCUGUGUACGGGUUUGAUGAUCCGGAUGAGGAGUCAGCGGACGAGAUGGUGGCGAUCGUGAGGGUAUUGCGUCAGAAAUUACCCAUCCAGGACCGUCUGAUGAAGAUGAAGAUCGUCAAGAAUUGCUUCGCAGGGGCUGAGCUUGUGGAGGUGCUGAUUCAUCACCUGGACUGUGGCAGGCGGAAGGCCGUUGAUAUUGGAAAGCAGAUAGCAAGGAAGCACUUCAUCCAUCAUGUAUUUGGGCAGAAUGAUUUUGAAGAUGGAAACCAUUUUUACCGUUUCCUAGAGCAUGAACCGUUUAUUCCCAAAUGCUACAAUUUCCGAGGAUUUACUAAUGAUAGUGAGCCCAAGCCAGCAUCUAUGGUUGGUCAAAGUCUCACCAAAAUAAUGGCUGCCAUACUUGAGUCCUACGCCUCUGACAACAGGUGCCAUGUCGAUUAUACAAGCAUCAGCAAGAGCGAGGAAUUCCGAAGAUAUGUAAAUUUGACUCAAGAUCUUCAAAGGUUAAAACUCCUUGAAUUGUCAUCUGACGAGAAGUUGGCCUUCUUUUUGAAUUUGCAUAAUGCCAUGGUGAUCCAUGCUGUAAUUAGGAUAGGGCGUCCUGAAGGGGUGAAUGAUAGUAGAUCUUUCUUUUCUGACUUCCAGUAUAUUGUAGGAGGGUAUCCAUAUUCCCUCAAUACAAUAAAGAACGGUAUUCUCAGAAGCAACCGGAGAGCACCCUACUCCUUGGUCAAGCCCUUUGGUACCGGAGACAGGCGUUUAGAGAUCGCUCUUCCUAAAGUGAAUCCAUUAAUUCAUUUUGGACUUUGCAAUGGAACAAGGUCGAGUCCUAUAGUAAGGUUCUUCACACCCCAAGGGAUUGAACCUGAAUUACGGUAUGCUGCAAGAGACUUCUUUCAAAGGAGUAGAAUGGAGGUGGACUUGGGAAAGAGGACAGUUCAUCUCACACGGAUCAUUAAGUGGUUCAGUGCUGAUUUUGGGCAAGAGAAAGAAAUCCUGAAAUGGAUCAUCAAUUACUUGGAUGCAACAAAGGCUGGUCUUUUAAUGCAUCUAUUGGGUGAUGGAGGGCCAAUUAACAUUGUGUACCAAGACUACGAUUGGUCUGUGAAUUCCUGAUCAUUACAACUUGUCUUUCUAUUGGAUAUGCUAUUGAGAGAGAGAGAGAGAGAAAAUUGGAUUGAUAUCAUAUAGUAUAGAAGAACCUGGCUUGACCAUUGAGCAGAGGUUUCACAGAGGAAGAUAUAGGAAUUUUGAAUUACAAGGAUUGGAUAUUUUCUUUAAUAUUUCUUCUCUGUUGAAUUUCGGGCAACAAAUUUACAUCUGGGAAAGCGAAAACAAACUCCAGUUAUGUGGAAACGUCUCUUCCCUUUUUCCUGUUUUU